UGCAACACUUACUUUCCGUAAAAUUAGUAUAUGUGAAACACAUGAAUUUUUUUUUGGCCGUCGUCAACCUCGUGAUUUUAACUUAGUUUCCCUUCCGAUAGUUUUAGUUUUUUAGUAUAGUAUUGGUAGAAAAAUAAGAUAAAUAAUGGCGAUGUUUUCCGUAAAAGAUCCUGACAUCGUCGAGUUGGACGACGACGCCAAAGUUCCUUGGGUGCAUCAGGCCUUCAGUCAUCCAGAUACCCGCGAACUCCAAAAAGAAAUUGCCAGAGUAAUGAAGCGUAUACAGAAAAAUCCCAACGUCAUAUCUACAUUGUUCAUCAACAAUUGGGGGUUGCCCGAAGAGACGACUAUGAAGAUAAUGCUCGCCACUCUCACGUCGAGAGUCUUCAGGCCUUUCAUUUGGAGAUGCGAGCAUUUGGUUCGCGAUUUGGAUCCGGAUGACGUUUUAGUAGCUGUUCGGCUCACGACACUGAAAUCGGAGAUUCUGAUGACCUCGGAUGUUGACUUCAUAUUCGUCGUGUUUCACAAGCUCUUGCCUGAGCCGGUGUUGUAUCCGAAAGCGCCAAAGAAUAAAGAAUAUUAAAAUUUUAAUAAUAAUUUAAAAAUAUAAAAUUUUUAUAAUA